CUCGGGCAACAAACAACUCAGGCAACAAACAGCUCAGGCAACAACAGGCAGCUCAGGCAACAAGCAACUCGGGGCAACAAGCAGCUCAGGCAACAAACAGCUCAGGCAACAAACAGCUCAGGCGGCAAACAACUCGGGCAACAACAACUCAGGGGAAAAAGAAGCGGCUCAGGCAGCAAACAGCUCAGGCAACAAGCAGCUCAGGCAACAAACAGCUCGGGCAGCGAAGCUGCUAGGCAAUAAAGCAGCUCAGGCAACAGGUAGCUCAGGCAAUAAGCAGUCAGGCAAUAACAGCUCGGGCAAUAAACAGCUCAGGCAACAAACAGCUCAGAGCAAUAAAGCAGCUCCAGGCGGCAAACAGCUCAGGCAACAAGCAGCUCAGGCAAUAAACAGCUCAGGCGGCAAACAGCUCCAGGCAAUAAGCAGCUCGGGGCAACAAACAGCUCUGGCAACAGACAGCUCAGGCAACAAACGCUCAGGGCAACAAGCAGCUCGGGCGAUAAACUCGGGAAACAAAGCAGCUCAGGCAACAAACAGCUCAGGCAAUAAACAGCUCCAGGCAACAAACGGCUCAGGCAACAAAACAGCUCGGGGCAACAAACAACUCAGGCAACAAACAGCUAAACAAGCAGCUCCGGGCAACAAACAGCUCGGGCAACAAACAGCUCAAGGCAAUAAACAGCUCUGGGCAACAAGCAGCUCAGGCAACAAACAGCUCAGGCAACAAACUCAGCAACAAACGGCUCAGGCAAUAAGCUCGGGCAACAAACAGCUCGGCAAUAAAGCAGCUCAGGGCAAUAAACAACUCCAGGCAACAAACAGCUCAGGCAACAAACAGCUCAGGCAAUAA